CACUCCUACAUCCGGGCUUUCUGGCCUCGAGACGAACGUGCUGACGUCAGAUAUAUAAAGGCCCUCGGCUCCUUUGUUCCUUCUCAGUGCGUCGUUGCUGAUCUACUGGCGGUUUGGAGAUCCCAAACUGUGUCAAAAUGGUUGAAGCAGAUCGUCCUGGCAAGCUGUUCAUUGGUGGGCUGAACACAGAGACUAAUGAGAAGGCUCUUGAAUCUGUCUUUGGCAAAUAUGGCCAUAUAGUAGAGGUUCUCCUUAUGAAAGACCGUGAAACCAACAAAUCAAGAGGGUUUGCUUUUGUUACCUUCGAGAGUCCAGCAGAUGCCAAGGAUGCUGCCAGAGAUAUGAAUGGAAAGUCUUUAGACGGAAGAUCAAUUAAAGUUGAACAAGCUACCAAGCCAUCCUUUGAAACCGGUAGACGUGGGCCCCCUCCCCCUCCAAGGAGCAGAGGUCCUCCAAGAGGUUUUAGAGGCGGAAGAGGUGGAAGUGGAACACGGGGUCCUCCUUCAAGAGGGAGUUAUUUGGGUUCUUCUAGAGGCCCUCUGCCAAUGAAAAGGGGUCCACCCCCACGUAGCGGUGGCCCACCACCUAAAAGACCUGCUCCUUCUGGACCUGUUCGUAGCAGUAGUGGAAUGGGAGGCAGAGCACCCCUUUCACGCGGUAGAGACAGUUAUGGAGGACCGCCACGCAGAGAACCACUGCCAUCACGAAGAGAUGUCUAUUUGUCUCCAAGAGAUGAUGGUUACAGUACUAAAGACAGCUAUUCAAGUCGGGACUAUCCAAGCUCCAGAGACACAAGAGAUUAUGCCCCACCGCCAAGAGAUUAUGCCUACCGUGAUUAUGGUCACUCCAGUUCACGUGAUGAGUACCCCUCAAGAGGCUACAGUUCCAGAGACACAAAGGAAUAUACUCCACCUCCAAGAGAUUAUGCCUACCGUGACUAUGGUCAUUCCCGUUCACGUGAUGAGUAUCCCUCAAGAGGUUACAGUUAUUCCUCUUACAGUGAUCGUGAUGGCUAUGGAGGGCGUGACCGGGACUACUCUGAUCACCCAAGUGGGGGCUCAUACAGAGAUUCCUAUGAGAGUUAUGGUAACUCACGUAGUGCUCCACCUGCACGAGGGCCCCCUCCAUCUUAUGGUGGAAGCAGUCGCUAUGACGAUUAUGGGAGCACCCGAGAUGGGUAUGGUGGAAGUCGAGAAAGUUACUCAAGCAGCAGAAGUGAUGUCUACUCAAGUGGCCGGGAUCGUGUGGGAAGACAAGACCGAGGCCUCCCCCCUUCUAUGGAAAGGGGUUAUGCUCCUCCACGUGAUUCUUACAGCAGCUCCAGCCGCGGAGCACCCAGAGGUGGCGGCCGUGGAGGGAGCCGCUCUGAUAGAGGCGGAGGCCGAAGCAGAUACUGAAACCUUUUAAAGUGCUGGACCAAAUCAGUUUUUUCCUCCAACAAAUGAAAUGUGGAAAUUCUUUCCUUACUCCAGAGGACUACUGAAACAUAUGUUUUUAUCUUUUUUAUUGUUGCUUGUUAAGUUCCCCUCCAUUACUUAAUGUUUUUUUGUGAGGAGAAAGUAAACUUGUUUUAAUUUCAUUUCAAAAUUGUUAAUAUUUGUCUCAGAAAGCAGAUGUUAAUGUAUGACAUUUUUAGCCUGUGUACUAGUGUUGUAACUUUUUAAAGUAAAGGUUAACCCUGAAAUGCAACGCUCUCACCUCAUCCAUGAAACCGGCAACCAUAAGGCUUCCCGUACAACGUGCAGCCAUCUAAAAUGGCCAUGGAUCGUUCUACACAUGCAAACGUGUGCCUUCUUUCUAGCAAACCCAUUUUAGCUUUUGGAGGGUGGUGGGAUGUGUGCCAAACUAAAAUGUUAAAACAUCCUCUCCAUGCUGAAAUGCACACAAUGCUCCAAAAUAGAAAAUUUCUUCAGUCUUGUGUAAAAAUUCAGGAUACCAUUCAGUCAUUAAAUCAAAACGACAUACGGAUAAUGCUGAAUGUACGUUGUUCCUUUCUACAUAUUUCAUUUGGGAAUUUGCAAGAACAUCACCCCCCAAAAUAACAUAUUAACCUGUAGUAAGCAAGCUACAGAUCUGUAAGUAAGAGGUUUGGCCAGUUCCAUCAAAGAAGCUGCAAAACGGUACUUGCUCUUACUGUUUCAAAUUUUUGCAAUCCUGUAGUGUCUCAUUUUUAAAGGAACAUCUUUGACUCCAAAGGCAAAAUGGAGAAAAUAAGAUAAGCAAAGAAGUCUUUCUCUCCAACUUCUGAAAGGCUUAUGGCUUCAUAUAAACAAGUUUCAACUUUCAGCAUUCCACAACAGAUUUAAAGCAUCAAAUGCGUGUGAAACAGCAAAGAUGGAUGACUGCUGUUUUUAAGAUGUGACCUGGUGCAUGGCAGUGCUGGUGGACAACAUGGAUUUCUACUCUGAUAGUACAACAGGUACAAGGUUAAUUGUGGCUGACAUUUGAGGAAUGGAUGCCCAUGGAGAAUGCAGCUGCUGAGCAGCUUAAAUAUGUCUACAGUGUUUAAUGAAGACGUUUCAGAGGGAAGUCAGAUCUUAAAUGCCAGUGUCAGUCAUUGCUGUGAGCAUUGGAUGCUCAUAGAAGAGAAGAGGAAGAGGCCUAAAUGUCAGAAACAGCUGGAUACAGAUUGUUUGUGUCCUCUUACAAAUACUGUGUAGCAAAAGUUGUUGGCAUGUAAUGUGCUACUCUGGCAGCACAAUACUAUAUGAUCACAUCUUCUGCAGGAGUUUGGUUCCAGGGGUUCCAUAUAUACGCAAAAACACUUACUCUCUAGCCUGUGGAACUCCCACACACAUGAGCAUCCCAGGGUUUCCAGAGCUGGCAUGCCAAGAGGGCUUCAACACCCCCAUCCCAAGCAAGGCAGAGAGCCUUGAACCCAAUGCAAAAAAGAGCUCUCUGCCUUGCUUGCUUUUCACUUUGCAGGAUUUCAACCAGGAGUCUUCAACCAUGUAUGUUAUGUUUUGUUUAUUGAAAAUUUUAAAAACAAAGUUUGUAAAAAUGGCUCAAAUCCUGCAAGUUAAAUGCUUGUAACAUUGUAUUUGAGUCUUUGGUAUGAGGCAAGCUGAAGUGUUAUCUAUGAUAGAUGUAGGAUAAUUUUUACAGCUUGGCAAAUUUAAUGUUUAGAGCUAGAAGGCAAAUGAAAUAAACAUGCCUCGGGCAUUCUCUAGAGCAUUUUCAGGAAGCACAAAAUUGCAUGUGUUUUGAAAAGGGUUCUGAAAAAGGUGUGAAGAUUGGUAAUGAAGAAAACUUGGGGUGUCUUUCUUGUGGUUCCAAGUGAGCUACUGUUACAGAUGUAAGAAGUUGCCUUGUUCAAACAGACAUGUCAACCAGAAAAAGGUCCCAACCCCAAAAUGGAGAUUCUGACAACUUUAAAGUUCCACUAAUCAAGAUAAUUGUAUUAAAUCCAUUGUUGGAAUAAAAAUGUUCAUUUUUUCU